GGAAUUCCGAAAAUGGAUUCUGUCUUGAUCCAAGAUGCGGCUCGACCAGCUGCUAGAACUGCGGAACUAUUCUGAAUUUCUGAUACCCUUUUGGUUCGAUAUUUGUUAGAGGACAUUAGAGACCUAGAGCCAAAUUCAUGUUGACCGUGACAUUCGUCAGACAUGGACAGUCGACCGAUAAUGUGAGACACGUGUGGGCAGGGUGGGCUGAUGCCCCACUAAGCCAGCGCGGAAAGGCGCAAGCCGAAGCUCUCGGCGCAUACUUUUCCCAAACCCUAUUCACCAAGAUCUAUGCCUCCCCCCUCAAGCGCGCUGCCACCACUGCAGCUUUUGUUCUUGCCGCCCAACCUGCUCCACAACCACCACACGACUUCACAAUCGAGUCUGUAAAGGAGCAAAACUUUGGCGUUGCAGAGGGGAAACCGUGGUGUUCUCCGGAUAACAGGAUUUCCAAAUCACUCUCAGAGUACAUGAGCGAGGGCAAGUACCCCACACCGCGUCCGGGUGAACGCUUCACGGAUGGUGAGUCCGAUGAAGAUUUAGCAGCGCGUGCGACGCAGGCUGUGGAUGAGGUGAUUAUGCCACACGUACGUAGUGCAGCGCGGGCUGGGCGUGCAGAGCAUAUCGCGCUCGUAAGCCAUGGGCUCUGCAUCGGAGCGCUCAUUUUCGCGUUGUUGAAAAGGGACUCCAGAAAUGUUACCCCUACACGUGAGUACACUGGGAUGCAGAACACAGCGUGGGCGAGAGUAGUUAUCAAAAUGCAGGACGUUGCAGAAGACACACCAAUAGACCUUACUGAUGAGGAUACCCUCCCUCUGAUCGUAACAAUGAUGGACUUCGGACGUGCGGAUCAUCUCGUCAAGCUUAAAUUCAACGCUGGCGGGACCGGCAAGAUUGCCUAUGACCCAAAGCAGCAGGACAUUAGAGCGUUCUUCAGCGGCGCGGCCAAGACUGUUGUCACCAAGCACUACGAGAGCGAUGCACGGAAUGGCAUCGAUGGGGAAACAAAGAACUGACCUAUUCACACCUCACACAACGAUGUCGCUAGCUGCCUGUAAUUUCAUGCCUCCGUGCGUAAUCAGCAAUAUAUUUAGACUCACCAUAAACGCAGAGGCUACGAACACAUACCUCGAUACACUAUUCAGAUUGGCGCCAACAGACGGACUUCAUUUGCGAGCUUUCAAAAAA